UGACGAUGACGCUGAGGUUUCUUCACUGUGCUGUUGCGUUAAGGAGGGUGUUGUGCAGUUGAUAAGUGUGUCUAUGGGUGAAGCAGCGCUGGCUGCUGUACAGACACUGAAGCUUUUGGCUUUCUUCACUGGAGACUCUUCAGCACCUGGACAGCUCCGCAAGUCCCUUUAAACCUUCGAGUUUUGGCAAAAAGUGCGACUAAAACAACGUGUAGCUUCUUAAAAAGUGCCCUACUAUGCUAAAUCGUUAAGCAUCUAAACUUUUGCACCGGGAUAUCAUCGUUACCACCCUGAUGAGUGAAUUACGGUUGACUGCGGCAAACUGUUCCCUACAGGAGUCCACGGUGCCGUCAAGCUCAUGCGGGGAUGGGAGGAGAACAAGACUCCUCGUGGAUUUGCCAGCGUAUCAACACGGCACUUAUUUUGAUCUGAUAAUGAUUUGCAUUUAAUUUCUCGAGUGCAGCAUGUCUAGAUGUAAAUGACUGUCCGCGUAUUAGUGGAAAUGAGAGAAAUAUUCAUGGAUUAGUCUACAAAUCACACAUUGCAGCAUACAGGAUGUCAGGAAACAUGUCUCUUCUGUCAGUGAAUCUCACAAGCAUUUGGGAAAACUCCUCUCUCCUAAAUGCGACCCCUCCUCGCUUUCCUUCUGACUGGGAGACGCCCACAUUCACUGUGGCUGCUCGCUUCCGUGUGGUGGCCACCCUGGUGCUCUUUGUCUUCGCUGCUAUCAGUAACCUCUCAGUGCUGAUCAGCGUGACCAGGGGACGAGGACGGCAUCUGGCCUCCCACCUGCGGCCUCUCAUUGCCAGCCUGGCCUCCGCUGACCUGGUCAUGACUUUCGUGGUGAUGCCACUCGACGCUAUAUGGAAUAUCACAGUGCAGUGGUAUGCCGGUGACGCCAUGUGCAAGAUCCUCUGCUUCCUCAAGCUUUUUGCCAUGCAUUCGGCAGCGUUCAUCCUGGUGGUGGUGAGUCUGGACAGGCACCAUGCAAUCCUGCACCCGUUGGAAGCUCUGGAUGCCGGCCGCAGGAAUAGGAGGAUGCUUCUGGCCGCCUGGAUCCUUAGCAUCCUGCUCGCCUCUCCACAGUUAUUUAUUUUCAGGGCAAUUAAGGCUGAAGGAGUUGACUUUGUACAGUGUGUAACUCAUGGAAGCUUCCAGCAGCGCUGGCAGGAAACAGCCUACAACAUGUUCCACUUUGUCACCCUGUAUGUGUUCCCUCUGCUGGUAAUGAGCUUCUGCUAUACGCGAAUCCUCGUGGAAAUCAACCGCCAGAUGCCUCGUGGUAAAGGGAAGGGUGGGGAACCUUGUCUGAGACGCAGUGGAACCGACAUGAUUCCCAAAGCACGCAUGAAGACCCUCAAGAUGACCAUCAUCAUUGUGGCAUCAUUUGUGGUGUGCUGGACGCCGUACUACCUGCUCGGCAUCUGGUACUGGUUCCAGCCUCGUAUGCUGCAGGUGAUGCCGGAAUACAUCCAUCACGCUCUCUUCGUCUUCGGUAACCUCAACACGUGCUGCGAUCCGGUGAUCUAUGGUUUCUUCACACCCUCGUUUAGAGCGGACAUAGCCAGCUGCUUCUGCAGAAGGAAUCAAAACUCUUCUCCCAAAUCACUGGACCGACUCUCCGCAAGGAGAGGGGGCGCAAGCGGAGAAGCCGAGUCGGAUCUAGGAAGCGGCGACCAGCCUAGCGGACAACAAGCGUAGAGGGUCAAGACACCUCAAUGAGAUAGAGAUACUAUUUGGGGUGUGGUUUUGCCUUGUAAACAUGAAAUACAGAACUUUUACCCCAUGUCCAGACAUCUACAUGUAUAUGCUGCUGAUGGUGUCUUGGUAUUUAUAGUAUGAGCAAGUAUCCGUUUGCUUGAAUCACAUUUGCAGUAUCACAUUGUGGUUUCAAGCUUCUGGAAAGACGUAUCUACAGGUAAAUAUGAAUGUAAAGGACCAAAUGACAGCACAAUGCCUCAGGCAAUACCUUGAACGUGAGAUGUUUGCCUGUCUGGAACAGGGUUAUAAAUAUACAGUGCCUCGUGUAUAACAGCUUACGUGUCUGGAAUCAGUUAAUGAGGAUCUCUAAUUAAUUAUAUUUCAGAGUUCAGAGCGACAACCCCAGCUAAAAGCUUCACUGACGCGUUGCUUAUCUAACAUUUCCUCUCUACAUCCUGAUUAGGAAUGCCACUUAAUGUUUUACAAUGGCCUUAGCACAUGAGUCAUUCAUUUAAAUGAAAUGCUGUCGUGAAUGUUCAGGCUUUUCACACUGUGUUUAUCUGUGGAAUCACCAUAAAUAUUCUUCACAGAAUUCAUUCAGUCGUGUUUGCAGUAUAUUGUGUUUAUGAUGAUAUGCAUGAUAUGCCAUCUCUGUGGUGUGUGCUUGUGAUUAAAAAUUAAUGUGGAUGGACAAUCCAGCCUUAAAGGGAUAGUUCACUUAAAAAUAAAAAUGUUAU